UUCUCUGUCUGAGUGCGUCCUAUAAAUACGCAAUAAACAAGACCAGAAGCGCUUUGAACUCUGAAUUCUCCGGUUUCCUGUUUCACCCAAGGGAAAAGGAAUUAACGACACAAUGCGUGGCUUCUCUUUCUACGAGAGAACCUCACGGGCUUUUCAUGACUACCCUUCGCUCUCUAAGCUCAUUGUUCUCUUCACCGUCAGUGGUGGAAGUCUUGUGGCCUAUUCUGAAUCAAAAUCAUACAAUGGAGCAAACAGUGCCUUGUCAUCUCAUAUGGAUAGCAAGAAAAAGAGGGUGGUGGUACUUGGAACUGGUUGGGCUGGUACAAGCUUCUUGAAAAAUCUUGAUAGUUCCCUGUAUGAUGUUCAUGUGGUGUCACCUCGGAACUAUUUUGCAUUUACCCCUUUAUUGCCUAGUGUUACAUGUGGCAAGGUGGAAGCCCGGAGUAUUAUUGAGCCAAUUCGUAACAUUGUCAGCAAGAAAAAUGGAGACUUUCGAUUUUGGGAAGCUGAAUGUACAAAGGUUGAUGCUGAAAAUAAGAAAAUCCAUUGUCGGUCAGUCCUCCAACCAAACUUAGAUGGGAAAGAAGAAUUUAUUAUAGAUUAUGACUAUCUGGUGAUUGCUAUGGGAGCCCGUUCCAAUACAUUCAACACUCCUGGUGUUGUGGAGCAUUGUCAUUUCUUGAAGGAGGUAGAGGAUGCUCAGAGCAUCCGUAGGAGUGUCAUUGACUGUUUUGAGAGGGCUAGCCUUCCUAACUUAAGUGAAGAAGAAAGAAAGAAAAAUCUUCAUUUCGUGAUUGUUGGUGGUGGACCUACAGGUGUGGAGUUUGCUGCAGAGCUUCAUGACUUUGUACGUGAAGAUUUAGUUAAGCUGUAUCCUGAUGUUAAAGAUCUAGUGAAAAUAACACUUCUUGAGGCAGGAGAUCAUAUUUUGAGCAUGUUUGACAAAAGAAUCACUGCUUUUGCUGAAGAGAAGUUCCAAAGAGAUGGUAUCAAUGUGAAAACAGGGUCCAUGGUUGUAAAGGUGUCUGAUACAGGUAUUUCUACUAAGGAAAGAUCAACUGGGAGCGUUUCCUCUAUACCAUAUGGAAUGGUUGUCUGGUCAACUGGUAUUGGGACCCGCCCUAUUGUAAUGGAUUUUAUGAAGCAAAUCGGUCAGACUAACAGGCGCGCUUUAGCAACCGAUGAAUGGCUGCGAGUUGAGGGGUGUAAUAACAUAUAUGCACUUGGUGACUGUGCCACUAUAAAUCAACGAAAAGUGAUGGAAGACAUUUCAGUGAUAUUUGAUAAAGCAGACAAGAACCAAUCUGGAACUUUAACUGUUGAUGCAGUUAACGAUGUGUUUGAUGACAUCUGUAUAAGGUAUCCUCAGGUGGAGCUCUAUUUGAAGCAUAAGAAGAUGAGAAACAUUGUAGAACUCUUGAAGGAUUCCAAUAAAGAUGACGGAAAGAAAUCCACUGAACUUGAUAUUGAACAACUGAAAUCAGUUCUGUCCGAAGUUGAUUCCCAGAUGAAGAUUCUUCCAGCAACAGCUCAGGUUGCUGCUCAACAAGGUGCUUACCUUGCCAGGUGUUUCAACCGUAUGGAGGAGUGUGAAAAAAAUCCAGAAGGUCCUCUCAGAUUCAGGGGAUCAGGACGUCAUCGCUUUCUUCCCUUUCAGUACAAGCAUUUGGGGCAAUUUGCUCCACUGGGAGGAGAACAAACUGCACUCCAGUUGCCUUGGGAUAGUGUUUCUAUAGGUUACAGCAGCCAGUGGCUUUGGUAUUCUGUAUACGCCAGUAAACAAGUAAGCUGGCGAACAAGGGUAUUGGUGGUAUCUGACUGGACAAGGCGAUUAGUUUUCGGAAGGGAUUCAAGUGGCAUUUGAGGCACUCAAACAACCUCAGAGCAGGAUAUUAUUAUUCCCUAGGGAUCUUGUAUCCACAAUCACAUUUCUAAUAGAUAUUUUACUCUGCUUCUUGUUCAUUGUUUUCAACUUGGCAUAAUCAUUCAUGAGAAAAUGCCAGAUUUUGUUUUCAUUCCUCAAAUAAUUUUUUUUCCUUGAUUCUUUAAGAAGUUUUGAGUAGUGGAAAAUUUUGUUUUAUUCUUUUCCUUGUACGAAGUUGCCAUGCAUUCUGUGGCAUCCUAGCUUGGCACUUCCAUUUUUAUAUUCAAGGAGUGCAAAUCAUAUAAAUGUAAAAUCUUAAAGGGAUAGCGUGGAUUACGCACGCCAUCUCCAAUGAUUUUUACUUGAUAACAACAGACAGACCAUGGUGUUGUCAAAUCAUAACUUUAUUUUUCAAUCAUGCUUGAGCUCUUAUAACUGUG